AUGCAGCAUUUGGACGAGGAAAAAAUUAUCAAUGUUGUGAGUCCUGAAAAGGAUGUGGAUGGCUUUCAUCCCUUAAAUAUUGGAAAUCUUGCAAUAAGAGGAAGAAAGCCCUUCUUUGUUCCUUGUGCUCCUAAGGGCUGCAUUGAGUUGUUACUUAGUCACGGUGUGGAAAUCAAGGGGAAAAGAGCAGUGAUAAUUGGAAGAAGUAAAAUUGUGGGGUUACCCACUUCCUUGCUAUUGCAGAGGCACCACGCAACAGUCAGCGUGUUACACGCGUAUACGAAGAACCCAGAACAUAUAACUUCUGAAGCAGAUAUUGUGGUAGUAGUAGAUGUUGGAGUCCCCAACAUAGUUCGUGGCAAUUGGCUAAAGAAAGGAGUUGUGGUGAUUGACAUGGGAACAAAUCAAGUUAAGCUGGUUGAUUGGGGUUCGAAGCCCUUUAGGGUGCUGGAUUCGUGGCUCAAUCAAAAAGGGUAUCAAAGGAUGGUGAAGGAGACUUGGUCUAAGGAUCAGCAGGGUGGAUGGGGGGGUAUUGUUCUUAAAAACAAGCUGAGAAAUCUUAAAAAUGCCAUCAAACAGUGGAGUAAAGUUAAUGUUGAUAUUAAUGUUAGUAAAAUCCAGAGAUUGAGGCAGCAGCUUAAUGACUAG